AUUCUUGCCCUUCCAUUGCUCCACCCCCCUAUCGCACCCUUCGAAUGCCCUAAUAAAUCUUUCUCCGAUUCCCCCCCCUUCCCCUCCUCCUCCUCGUCCUCCUCCUCAUUGAUCUUGCGUUGGAUUUUGGCUGGUACCGGCGCGUCGUCGAACGCGGGGGAGGGACGCGGAUCACGCGUUCGAUUGACGUCGGUGUUGGAUUUGAUUGUGCAUUUUUUUACUUCGAACUGCGUUGGUAUCAAGCUACGUUGAUAGGAGAAGCAAUCUUUCGACCAUUAUAUAAGCUGACUGCGUUCACUUGCUUCCAUACAUCGCUCUGUUUCAGAACCCUAAUUGGUCUUCGAUCGGGAGGCAGGAUCCGCAGCAUAUAAGCUGACUGCGUUCACUUGCUUCCAUCCAUCUCUCUGUUGCUGAACUCUAAUUUGUCUUCGAUCGGAUCCGCAGUCAUGUUCGGCCCCACCAAUCCUUUCGGUCAGUCUUCAAGUAGUUCUUUUGGUUCCCAGUCAGUGUUUGGGCAAACAAGCUCUAGUGGCAAUAAUCCAUUUGCCCCAAAACCAUUUGGAAGUUCAAAUCCUUUUGGUUCUCAGACAGGGGGUUCGGUCUUUGGCAGCACAUCUACUGGUGUCUUUGGGCAGCCUUCUACACCUGCCUUUGGUGCUUCAUCAGCUCCAGCUUUUGGGAGUUCCAUGCCUGCCUUUGGGGCAUCAUCAACUCCUGCUUUUGGCGGCUCUUCCUCUUCCUUCGGUGGUUCUUCCUUGUUUGGUCAGAAGCCGGCCUUUGGAAGCUUUGGUUCAUCUCCUAGCCAAUCAAGUCCUUUUGGUAGUACAUUUCAGCAAACACAGCCAGCAUUUGGGAACAGCCUUUUUGGUUCCACAUCACCAUUUGGUGCAUCCAGUCAACCUGCAUUUGGUGCCACUACGACCCCCACUUUUGGAUCUGCUAGCACCCCUUCUUUUGGUGCUACAACUACCCCAACUUUUGGUGCCACAAGCACACCCGCAUUUGGUUCUACUGCAACCCCAGCAUUUGGGUCAACAUCGACAUCACCGUUUGGUACUACGGGAGGUUCUUUUGGGGUCUCAAGUUCUCCAGCAUUUGGUUCAACAGUGACACCAUCUUUUGGGGCUCCGACUGCCCCUACAUUUGGGUCCUCAAGCACUCCUGCAUUUGGGGCAUCUACUGCUCCCACAUUUGGCUCUCCAACAGUUUCUGGUUUUGGUGCAUCAAGUACUCCUUCAUUUGGUUUUGGCUCCACCCCUUCCUUUGGACAGUCAGCAUCUGCAUUUGGUAGCACACCUUUUGGAGCAUCACCAUCUCCUUUUGGUGCUCAGAGUUCCCCAUUUGGUGCUCAAGCAACAACACCAACAUUUGGUAGCCCGGGAUUUGGACAAUCAACUUUUGGGGGUCAACCUGGAGGGACAAGAGCAGCAGCAUUUAGCCCAACGCCUGAGGUUGAUGGUGGCACUGGUAGUCAGCCUGCUGGCAAGAUGGAGUCAAUAUCUGCCAUGCCUGCAUAUAAAGAUAGGAGUCAUGAGGAACUAAGAUGGGAGGAUUAUCAACGUGGUGAUAAAGGUGGUCCAAAUCCUUCAGGGCAGCCUGCAGGUGCCAUCAAUUUUUCGGCUUCAUCUCAAACCAGCCCCUUUGGUUCUGCAGGCACAUUUGGUCAAUCUUCCACAAACCCUUUCUCCUCCACCACGCCUUCAAAUCCUUUUGCACUUAAACCUCCCAGUUUUGGUUCAUCUGGAUUUGGUUCUACCUCUAGUUCAAUUUUCAGCUCACCAUUCACCACAUCCUCAUCGAGCCCCUUCGGUUCAACUUCCUCUACCAGUCCAAUGUUUGGUGCUCCUACUGGUUCGACAUUUGGUUCAAGUUUGUCAUCCAUGGCUUUUGGUGGGACAACAUCAUCAUCUGCUUUCGGUUCUACGCCUUCAAUAUUUGGUUCUUCAAUGGCGGGGCCAACUUCAACUUUUGGGACCGGUUUGGGCUUUGGCAACACGCAAUCUUCUGGGUUAUUCCAGUCCUCUGCUGCACCCUUUGGGCAGGCGUCAUCCUUGUUUGGGCAGCCAAAUACUGGGUUUCAACAAGCUAUGUCUACUUUCGGAUCAAAUCAAUUUGCCAGUCAGUCCACUGGUUUUGGGGGAAGUCUGUUCAGUAGUUCAACGCCAUCAGUCUUUCCUUCAAGCACUCCAGUCGGAUUUGGGCAAACAGCUCCUUCAGUGCAGACACCCUUUCAACUGGCACCAGUAGCCCAGACAUCAAGUACAUUUUCUUUUCCAAAUGUAGGCCAGGCACAACCAGCCUCUUCUGGUGGCUUUGGUAGCAUUUCAAACAUCUUCAGUCAAGGCACCUUCACACAGAAUGCUGCUAGUCAAUCCAAUAUGGUCAUGCAACCAGCUCCUGUGACAAAUCCUUUUGGAACACUUCCAGCAAUGCCUCAGAUGUCAAUUGGUCGGAUGGGCUCUGCCCCUUCAAUUCAGUAUGGAAUUUCUAGCAUGCCUGUUGCUGACAAGCCUACUUUAUUAAGGGCUUCCUCAAUGCUAGUUCCAAGACAUUUAUCUCAGAGAAGGAUCAAACUACCUCCAAGGAAAUAUUCCGCAAAAAAUGAUGGCCCAAGGGUGGCUUUUUUUGCUGAUGAUGAAACACAAUCAACACCAAAGGCAGAUGCAUAUUUUGUCCCCAGAGAAAAUCCUAGGGCACUGAUCAUUCGUCCAAUUGAGCAAUGGCCUCCACGAAGUAAUAUGGAAAAGGAAAAUAUCAUGAAAAAUGGAUCGAUCCCAGCUGCCGAAAAUGGUAAAGUAUCAGGAGAGCCAUCUGCUCCGGCUUUCAAGGAGACGUAUGCAGGUGAUAAUGAUGAGUAUGCUACUGAGAAUGGCCAUACAAGGGAGCAUACUGGCACGACCGUCUCAGCCUCCAAGUCUUUGCAGAAGGAAAAUGGUAAUGGUGAUGAUCAGAUGCAGAAGGUAACCGAUUCUUCUUAUGUGAAAAUAUCGGGACACAGGGCUGGCAAGGCUGCAAUCGUGUACGAGCAUGGUGCAGACAUCGAGGCGCUAAUGCCAAAGCUCCGCCAAGAUGAUUACUAUACCGAACCACGUAUCCAGGAACUCGCUGCAAAAGAGCGUGCUGAGCCAGGCUUCUGCCGCCAUGUCAAGGAUUUUGUGGUUGGUAGGCAUGGCUAUGGCAGCAUCAAGUUUUACGGAGAAACUGAUGUGAGGGGGCUUGACCUAGAGUCGAUCGUCCAGUUCAACCACCGCGAAGUGAUUGUUUACAGCGAUGACAGCAAGAAGCCCCCAGUUGGGCAGGGUCUCAACAAGCCUGCUGAGGUUACGCUUCUCAACAUCAAGUGUAUGAACAAGAAGACAGGGCAGCAGUACACGGAGGGGCCCAACGUCGAGAAGUACAAGGAGAUGCUGACACUGAAAGGUGAGGAGCAGGGGGCUGAGUUCCUGUCCUUUGAUCCCGUCAAGGGAGAGUGGAAGUUCAAGGUCAAGCACUUCAGCUGUUAUGAGUUCUUUCUAGAGACGGAUUGUUCGUAAGGCUACUUACUGGCUGGGAAGGUGGCGAUUCAUAUACCAUGAUCAGACAUCUUCUUCCUCUAGUUUCUUCAAACUCCCCUCCCUGUAGUUUCUUUAGUCUUGUGUUUUAACCCUUUUCAGUUGUAAUUGUUACAGCAUCAUCCUGUUCUCUGUUGGAAGUACAGAUUGUGCCAAUAUGUGAUGCCUUUUUGUUUUUAAAA